AAAGACGUUUUAAAAUUAGUAUUAUAUGUUGCACGACGUUCCACUUUAAAAGAAGAUUAGAUGAAGGCCUUCGGAUUGUUUUUAUUAAUUGAAAUACAUACGGGAUUAGUGUUUUGAAAUAAAACGGAUAACUGGCGUUAUAACUAAAAUGCGAAAAUUAUAUAAUGCACCAUUUGGGUGUAUUUAUAUAAGUAUUUAUUCAUGUAUUGCCGUUAAGAGAUUGAUUUAAGAGUCAUUUGCUAUCUACUACAUAAAUUAUAAUUUAGUGCGAUUUGGUGUGAAAUGGCAGAGCAGUAUAUCCCUUGUCCUCCGAUUGACGUCUCACCUAUCAGCAGAGAAAAGGUGACAUUACCUUCAAGCCCACAAGAGCCUGAUACAGUUGUUGUUGGUAUAUCAUCAACUGCAGAAAAAGAAGAGUCUCGCAAACAUUGUGGUGGUGAACUAUUAGUAUAUGCGCCAAAAGGUUUUUGGGCAACUGCAAAAAAUAAGAAAAUGUUCUCAAAAGUUGUGAACGCCGUCGAUGUUGGGAAACGAAUGUUUUUGAAUAUUUUUAAGAAAGGAAAGCAAGAACUUGGCGAAGCUUCUGAUGGGAUAUUACCUACUGAAGACGAAGGUGUUAUGGGAAAGAAAGAAAAUGGUUUCAAAACAAACACUAUGAAAUGUUACACAAUAAGCAAGAUAAAUAUUGGAAAAGCAAUCAUAAAGUGGUGCGGAAACGAAAGUAAAGCUGAUGUUACAGGGCUACGGCGGUUACUGCAAGCGGUCAUUGACUACAUGGCUACCGAAAAGGACCAAUCUGUUUGGCAAAAUGCUGAACUGGAUAUUUACGAUUUAUUCUACAAGCAAUACAAACUCACGUCGGGAGAUGGAAAAUGUAAAUUCUAUGUUUCUUAUGAUGAACUAGACUCGCCUAUAGUGAUACCCAAACAACGUCCGAAAAUUUCGGUCAGCAAAUUGUAUCAAUACAUGUUAAGUAAGUACUGAUUCGAAGAAUGGAACUUCACCUGCUGCUUUAUGGAACAUCAUAUGUACGAGCGUGUAAAAUGCAAUGAAAAAAAAAAAGACGUUGAAUGGUCCGGCGUGUAGUUUAUGCUAAUAUAACAAGAUA